UAUUCUUCCACUAACACUUUCUGACAUUGGGCCAACUUGCUGCAUCAAGUUGUUUAUUAACAAAAUCUUCAAACAUAUGACUAGUAUAAUUUCAAACCUGUACUAAUCUCUUCUACCCUUCUUUUUCUGGGUUUAACAUCAUUUUUUCCCUAAAGUGCACAAUAUCUUAACAAUCACCAUGACAUUCAACAAGACCAACUCGGUAAAAUUUUCGAAACCGACAUCGGUUCUUCCUUACGAAACCAAAAAUGUUAAUGAUCUUUACACCCUAGGCAAAAAACUAGGCCAAGGUCAAUAUGGAACAACAUACCUGUGCACAGAAAACUCCACAGGAGAUAAAUAUGCUUGUAAGUCAAUCCCCAAAAGGAAGCUUUUGUGUAGGGAAGAUUGCGACGAUGUUUGGAAUGAGAUUCAGAUAAUGCACCAUUUAGUCGAGCACCCGAAUGUAGUAACCAUUAAGGGUACUUAUGAGGACUCGACUAAUGUUCAUUUGGUCAUGGAGUUGUGUGAAGGUGGAGAACUGUUUGAUCGAAUCGUUCAGAGAGGGCAAUAUACCGAGAGAGGGGCUGCUCAGUUGAUGAAGACUAUCAUUGGUGUUGUUGAAGCUUGCCAUUCAUUGGGGGUUAUUCAUAGAGAUCUCAAGCCUGAGAACUUCUUGUUUGAAAGUACUGCAGAGGAUUCUUCUCUUAAAGCUACUGAUUUCGGCCUUUCUGUGUUUUAUCAACCAGGUGAUACUUUCAGUGAUGUUGUGGGGAGUCCUUACUAUGUUGCGCCAGAAGUAUUGAACAAGCUAUAUGGCCCAGAAGCAGAUGUUUGGAGUGCAGGUGUUAUAUUGUACAUUUUACUCAGUGGAGUUCCACCUUUUUGGGCAGAAACCGAUGCAGGAAUAUUCAGGCAAAUAUUGAGAGGAAAGCUUGAUUUUGAGUCACGACCAUGGCCAAGCAUCUCAGAGGAUGCCAAAGAUUUAAUAAGAAAUAUGCUUGAAAGAGAUCCCAGAAAGAGGUUCACAGCCUAUCAAGUGCUAAGUCAUUCGUGGAUUGUUGAUGACACUAAAGUACCUGACAGGCCUCUUGAUUCAGCUGUUUUGUCUCGCCUCAAGCACUUUUCAGCCAUGAACAAGCUUAAGAAGAUGGCCUGCCGGGUCAUAGCUGAGAGACUCUCUGAAGAAGAAAUUGGUGGUUUGAAGGAGCUAUUUAAAAAGAUAGACAAAGACAAAAGCGGAACUAUAACAUUUGAUGAGCUAAAAGAUGGCUUACUACGGGUUGACUCAAAGAUAAAGGAAUCUGAAAUUGAGGAUCUCAUGCAUGCAGCAGAUGUGGAUGACAAUGGAACCAUAGACUAUGGAGAAUUUGUCGCUGCAACCCUGCACCUGAACAAGUUGGAGAGAGAGGAGAACUUGGCAUCUGCAUUCGCAUACUUUGACAAAGAUGGCAGUGGUUAUAUAACCAUUGAUGAACUCCAGCAAGCCUGCAUCGAACUUGGACUCAAUGAUCAUCACCUAGAGGAAAUGAUCAAGGAGAUUGAUCAAGAUAAUGAUGGCCAAAUAGAUUAUGGAGAAUUUGUUGCAAUGAUGAGGAUGGGCAAUGGAAAAGGUGGGAGGAAAACAACAAGAAGCAUUAUAAAUUGGGAAGAUGCUGCUGAAUUUCUUGAGGAUUCAUAGACAAUACCUAGCAGUUAGCACCAUUGGAGUUUAGCAGUUACUUCUUAUUAUCACAGAAAUUGACUGAAACUAACCAUAGGAUCUUUCAGUCUCCUGAAGAUGUCUGAAUUUUGCACUUUCAUUUACAGUGUCUUUGUAUUCGACUUUAUUGUCAGUUCUGAAUCUGAUAGAGUUCAGAAAUCUGAAAACCUAGCUGAGUUACUGCACACCAAUAAUGUUUUGAUUUCUGAACUUUGAACACAGUAAUUGUUCAAUACCA